AGGAUCAGGCACGUGUACUCACUCGUGGGUCACCUUUGUUUCUCCUCCCGGUACUCCUGCAGGUCAGCCAGGCACGGGUGGGGAGAGACACACACCUUCCCAGCUGCAUGUUUCUUGGGGUGCAUUGAGAGCUGGGAGAGCAGGAGAGGACUCUGCCCCGUGGCCACUUUGGCAGGAAGAUGACAGACCCCCAGGCAUGUGCCAGCCAGGGGAAGCCCAGCCUGUCCUUUUCCAUUGAGGAAAUCUUAAAGAAACCUUCUGCCCUAAGCAGUGAAACGAGGAAGAGAAGUAACUACGCUGAGAGACCUCCAGCCCUAAAAGCAGGGUCAUCACUGGCUGUUGAUUCCAGCAGUAGCAGUCAGUUAGACUGUGACUUACCUUCAGCCAAAACACUUCUCCCUGCCACUUGUGCCACACCCAUGGCCGGGGCAAAGAAAGUGCAGGCAGCUCACUGCAGGAGACCUACUGACAGCCCAGCUGCCCUCCUCAGGGAGGACACAGGAUGUGAACACCUGGAAAGCAAAAGAAAACACGAGGAAGAGGAAGAUCAGCUAUGUGAUUUCCCAAUGGACCAUCCACUUCAUGUUGAGAGGAAAGGGAAACGGAGAAUCCGGACAACGUUCACAGCUGAGCAGCUCCAGGAACUGGAGAAGAUUUUCCAGGUGACUCACUACCCGGAUGUCCAUAUUCGCAAUCAACUGGCAGCAAAGAUAAACCUCCCAGAAGCCAGAGUUCAGAUCUGGUUCCAGAACCAGCGAGCAAAGUGGAGGAAACAUGAAAAAUUUGGCAACUUUGGUGGCCUUCAGCAUCUGACAGAAGUUGAUUUCAUUCCUGCUUCCAAGUCAGAUAUCACAGCUCCUAGCUUGAUGCCAAGAAAGUUUGCUGCUACCAUCCCUGCCGUGGGAUACUACUCACCACUGCAAGGGCAGCUGACAACUGCCUGGCUGCCCAGCACACACUCCUUCAUCCCCCACCACUUGGAGCUGCUGCCCUCCCCAAAACCAUACUUGCUCUUCAACGUCCUCCCCACUUACAGCACGCCACUACCCCACAAGUUGGAAAGGAGCAGUAUCUGCGCCAGCUCCACAUAAAGGAGGAUACGGGAGAGUGGGGGACUUGGGGGCAUGCUUUUCUUGCCCAUUAUCAUAUUGGGGGUGUGCAGUUCCUCUCCUUGAACGAAUUUGCCAGGAUGAUGGGUGGCCUGUGAUGCAAGGCCAGCUUGCUGCAGAAGUGCUACCACGAGUCACCACAGCCUAGUGAAUGUGGGAAUGAGCCACCAUGGACCGGGAAGGAGCUCCCCAUUGACCUAAGGAGCAGCAUACUCUGUAGAAAUCCAGCUGACCAAAUGAGAGCCUGUCCCUGGGACAAUGGUGCACUGAGCAGCCCUGCAAAAGGACUUGGGUUUUACUCAGCCCUGAGACAACACUGGAUGACCUUAUUGUGCUGAUGGCUUGGAGCAGACAAGAUGCCUGUGAUGAGGUGUGUGUAGCCCCAAGGCCCAGCCAAAAGGGCACUCCUCCACAGGUUUAGGUUGCUUUCCUCAUACCUUCUGGUCCUCAUGCACUGGGGGGUGGGACAAAGAACAUGUUUAGGUCAAAAAUCAAACA